AUGGCGUCAGCGCGCGUGGCACGAACGCCGCCGCGCCAUCAUGCUAGUGACGACGAUCGGCACAGUCCCUAUCCGAACACACCGUCGCAAAUGGCAACGACAAUCCGACGAUUGCCUAUGCCAGUCUCGGUGGACUUGAUUCACGCUUUCCCAUGCAAUGGUCAAAGCAGCGCACUCCAAAAAGAGUCAGAAGCGAAGAAAUGGUAUAGAAGAGAGUAUUCAUCCUCUCUGUUGCAUUGUGUAAGGCUGGAAUUGAUCGUUUCAGAAACAAAAAUGGCAAGCGAGAAGCUCGGCAACCAAGAUGUGGCUUGCGAAGAAAAAAUCCUCUUUUCCAUGUUAACUCCGAAACCAGCUGUUUGCCCGACAUGGCGACACUUGGACGAGUCCAUGAAUCUCGAGGAGCUGACGAUUGAAACUUACGAAUCCAUGAUGCUCAGGUUUCACUGGAUGGACGAAAACAACCAUUGCGAUGAAAGCUCAAAAUCGCACAACCCCAAAAAACAAAGUUUCCCCGACCACUCCUUCUCCCUCCAAAUACCCAUUCACCCUUCCAAACUGAUACGAAUUCGAUCGUUGCCAUCUUCACUACCGAUUAAUGCGGUACUAGUUCAUUUUUCGGAUGGAUCUAUUCGGGUUCCACCAAGUGUACAUCAAGCCCUCGAGCAGGCCAGUACCGUAAAUCGAGACGCCGCAAAACACCAUGAAUACGAAGCAUCGUUCAGUGCCGACGAUUUCAGCCGUUUCCAAGACAAAGCCUUCAAUGUUUUGGAUCAAGUCACGCCGGUGCGGAAGAAGAGUCUGUUGGAUGCUGCCGAAGCGGCGGAGAACGGAGAGGAGCAGCACGACGGCGAAGAUGUUUCGAAUAGUAAAUCUUCGGAAGAAUCACUCCCCCAACAGCAGCAGCUUAUUCCUUCAAUUGAUUUGGAUCGAUUGCCUUCAUGGUCAACAGAUGACAAGUCCCGAAAGAAUCAAGAACAUCUAAACUAUCUGAUAUCUUAUGAAGAGAAACAGUUGCAACAAGAAAUGUUGCAGCUUGAAAUUACACAGUCGACGCUAAGGUCGACAAUGACUUCCAUCGAGAGUGUUCGAUCACAGAUAUGCGAGGUACAAACUGCAGCUCAAAAGGAACACACUGCUCUCUCCAAGGCCGUUUUGGCGCAGCAGGCACAACAUAUCCAGCUUCUUCAUGAACUGCGAGUGACGUAUCCUAUUCAGACGAUAGAGCAGCCAACAAAGUCGACUACAGCUAACGUUUAUCGAAUACGAGGCCUUUCUAUACCACAUGACUGUUUGGCAGGAAUGGUCUCGGACGAGGAAUUGGCUGCUGCUCUGGGAUUUCUCUGCCACCUUCUGGCCCUACUUACAAUUCGUCCCGUUCGGUCGUACAAGACGACCGAGCCACACUAUACCCACUCUUUUUGGGACGGGGUACAGCCGAGCGGGAGGGCUGUUGUCACGCCAUAUCCAUGCUGCAAGCCAACGUUAUUUGUAUUGCCAAAGCUAAAGACAUUGAUUUGUCCAUGA